AUGAUUUCCCUUAAUCCCGGCUCUCUCUGUGAUGUUUGCGCAGAGGAGUAUGGCUCGCACAACUAUCCUCACUCUAUUCCGUGUGGCCACAUACUAUGUCUGAACUGCUGCAACAACAUACUGGAAAAGACAUCGCCGCGACAGACUCCUUCCUGUCCUUUCUGUCGCGUGCCCUUCACUAGCGACACCAUUCGUUUGAUCCGCGUCGACUUCGGUGGCCACGGGAGCGGCUGGUCGACACCGCGGGCCACCGACACGCCCGACAACCACAUCCUAGGUGGUGACGACGACGUGCUCUUGUUCACAGGCGACAAGGACCGGGACAAGACCCGCGUGCAGCUCGAGUCAAGGGUCGCGCGUGUCGCCGGCAAAAAGUGUUCCGUGGAGGAGGUCAAGCACCUGCACCAAGAGCUCCGGAAGUGGCUCUCCACGGAUAGGAAGCGUGAUGAGCAGACGGCUGCUCUUGAACUGAGCUCUGCGUUACUGCAUGCGAUCCUUGUCAAUCACGUAGCGCACAGGCACGCGGGCGACAUGGCGAAGCAAGUCGAAAACAACCUCCGAGACAAGCUGGCGGAGGUACAUGCGGAGAAGGAGGAGCUUGAGCAGGAGCUGCACAGAAUGCGCACACAGGCCGCAGCCAGGUCUGCUGAGAUUCAAACUCUCCGCGCGGAGCUGAGCCGCCACAAAAUCAAGAUGGCAGCGCCGGCGCUCGGCGUCCCGACUACGCCUCCUGCUGCGUCGCUUGCAUCCGCGCAGAGUGGGCUCACCUCGCCGCCGCGUCCGCACUCGACGACCGCUUUCACGACUCCACGAUCCAGGGCUACGUCGCCGACAUCGCCCACGCCCUCCCCAGCUCGCGCCGCGUACGCGCCUGCGACUGCAUCGCCGCUCACACGCAUCAGCUCUGCGUCUGCGGCGACGCACGGGCACACGCGCUCGGCCUCUGCGAUCCCCAUGCACCGUUCCAUGACCCCCGCCGUGCGCCCCGCCUCUGCGAUACCCUCCGCACACCCGAUACCCCACCCCUCCGCGAAGCUGCGGCUCUCGAGCCCGCCGCCCGCACCCAAAAUGAGUCGCUCGACGAGCUCUAGCUCGGACGAGAAGGAAAAAGAGAAGCAGCGCCACGCCCAGCGCGUGCAGCUCAUGGAGCGCUGGAUCCCGUCCAUGGACGCUGCAUCCACGAGCCCACCGACCGGCCCGCCCACCAAGUGGCCGCACUUCCCGGCGACCCAGGGCCAUGCGCCGCAUGCUUCGCUCGUGCCCCCGCCCCGGUACAAGACCCCGUUCUCGGUGCACUCGUCCUAG